AGGAAUAUUUCCAACCAGCCACGAUGUCAGCACGUUUCUUCCAUGCCCAUGGAGAAUUUUGUGCAUCGCAUCCUUGGGAAGUCAUAGUAGCCACUAUAACCUUGACAGCAUGUAUGCUGACAGUAGAUCAACAACACCCCGCCCCCCCACCAAAACCUGUAAUCCGAUUCUGCACAGGAUGUUUACACGAGGCGGAAUACAAUGCUGCAGAUGUAAUAGUAAUGACGAUCAUCCGAUGCCUAGCUGUCCUGUACUGUUACUACCACUUCUGUAAACUACACAAACUUGGUUCGAAGUAUAUACUAAGUAUAGCGGGACUAUUCACGGUAUUUUCUAGUUUCAUAUUCACCACAACUGUAUUAAACAUCCUGCGAAUGAACGUAACAGACCUAAAGGAUGCCUUAUUCUUCUUCCUACUGUUAAUUGAUUUAUCAAAAGCCGCUAUGCUUGCUCAAUUUGCUUUGAAUGCUUCUAGUAAAACCGAAGUCAAGAAUAACAUUGCCAAAGGAAUGUCUGUUCUAGGGCCGACUAUUACUUUGGAUACGGUUGUCGAAACGUUGGUCAUAGGUGUUGGAACAUUAUCUGGAGUACAUCGGCUUGAAAUGUUGUCAUGCUUCGCUUGCUUGUCAGUAUUGGUGAAUUACGUUGUUUUCAUGACAUUUUACCCAGCUUGUUUAUCAUUGAUAUUGGAGUUGUCCCGUGCAACAAGUAUCUAUGCUAAGAAGCAGUGUAUUUUAUCGAAGGCGUUUCGAGAAGAAGAUCACAAAUCUAACCCAGUUGUUCAAAGAGUAAAAGUGAUCAUGUCCGCAGGAUUGAUGUUGGUUCAUGCACAUAGUCGCUGGCCGUUCAGAGAAGGAGAUAGUGAUGAUGCUGGUUCCCUUAUAGUUGAUCAACAUAUGACGCUCAAUCGCACAGAAGACACGGCUUUACAUGGAUAUAUUAUGAAGUGGGUAACACUCAGCGCUGAUCAUAUAGUCAUACUCAUCCUACUUCUGGCCCUAGUAGUCAAGUUCAUAUUCUUCGAAAACAGGGAAGAAUUCACUGAGAAAAUUAGAGCUUCAACAUCUGAAAGUUUGGAGAAGAAUUCAAGCGAAUCAUUCAGUAUAAACCAAAAUCUGAAUGAUAAAUUUCCUCCUGAAAUACCCGUAUAUAAACCGUCGGAAAAAUUCUUCCUUGGCAAAAGUGAUAUAGACGAAAAAUCAGACAAAUCUAGCGUUUCAGAAGUUGAACUAGAAGAUAAAGCAAUUCAAACUAGUCGAUAUGAUUUGAACGAGCAAAAUUUACUAUCAGAAAAUAACGAAGAGAAUGUAAAAAAUAGCUGCAGAACCCUAGAAGAGUGCUUGGCUAUUUACAAUGAUUUCGACUUAGGAGCCGUUGCUCUUAAUGAUGAAGAAGUUAUACUUCUAGUGAAGCAUAAACACAUUGCUACUUAUCAACUCGAAAAAGCUCUAGAUAAUCCAGAAAGAGGCGUUAAAAUCAGAAGAAAAAUUGUCGGCAAUGAAGCCAAUUCUCUAAAGGCUUUGACUGGGCUACCUUUCAGGAACUAUGACUAUUCCAAGGUGAUGGGUGCUUGUUGUGAGAAUGUAAUCGGAUACAUGCCAGUUCCAGUAGGAUAUGCCGGUCCCUUGUUAUUGGAUGGUCGCGAACUAUAUGUGCCAAUGGCAACGACUGAAGGUUGUUUAGUUGCUAGUACCAAUAGGGGAUGUAGAGCUUUGAAACAGUCUGGAGUGAUAAGCAGCAUUGUUGGAGAUGGAAUGACCAGAGGACCGGUAGUUAGAUUUCCUUCAAUUUCUAAGGCCAGUGCUGCAAUGAAGUGGAUGGAGUCACCUAGCAACUUUGCCCUCAUGAAAGAAAAGUUUGAUGCUAGUAGUAGAUUUGCUAGACUUACUAGAAUCCUAAUACGUAUAGCCGGUCGAUACUUAUUCAUUAGGUUUGUAGCAAAAACUGGAGAUGCAAUGGGCAUGAAUAUGCUAUCGAAAGGGACUGAACUUUCUUUAAAGUUUGUACAACAGGAAUUCCCGGAUAUGGAGAUUAUGAGUUUGAGUGGUAAUUUCUGCACAGAUAAAAAACCAGCAGCAGUAAACUGGAUUGAGGGAAGGGGUAAAUCAGUAGUUUGCGAAGCAAUAAUUUCCGCUAAAAUAGUGACGUCCAUAUUGAAAACGAAUGUUCAUGCACUAGUAGAUGUCAACUACUCCAAAAAUAUGAUCGGAUCAGCAAUGGCUGGGAGUAUAGGAGGAUUCAAUGCCCAUGCUGCGAAUAUUGUUACCGCCAUAUUUAUUGCGACAGGUCAGGAUCCGGCUCAAAACGUUGGCAGCAGUAAUUGCAUGACUCUAAUGGAACCAUGGGGAGAAUCAGGAGAAGAUCUUUAUAUGUCUUGUACGAUGCCUUCCAUAGAAAUAGGAACAGUGGGUGGAGGUACUGUUCUUCCUGCCCAGGCAGCCUGCCUGGAAAUGUUGGGAGUAAAAGGUGCUAAUCAUGAUAAUCCUGGGGAGAAUGCUAAUCAGCUCGCAAGAAUAGUAUGUGGCAUGGUUCUUGCGGGAGAGCUAUCUCUGAUGGCUGCAUUGGCAGCAGGACAUCUAGUUAAAAGCCAUCUGAGACAUAAUAGAUCUACAACUGUUUUACCUGAAAAUUUGAAUCUCGAUACUCGAAUAGCAACAGAAGAUAAUUUCCUUCGUCCACCUUGCAAAGACGUUUUUUAGGCAUUAGCAGAUUUUAUUUAUUUAGAAAUUUAUUUU